ACACACAGUGUGGUAUCGGUCGUCAACUCGGUUGCUCGUGCAGACUUGCGAACGUGAAACGUAAUCUCGGAACUUACAUUUGCAUGCGUUAUCGCGACACCCAUGACAAUUACUUCUUUGUCGCGGGGAGUUUAGGGACUUAAAGAUCGUCGGGGAAACCGGUUUAGUUGCUUGAAACGUCCUGCAGGCAGACGUCUAGCAGGAUGAUCGAAGCACGAGCGGUUUUGUGGGCCUUCUUGAUUGUACCUUUCCUUCGUCAUGUAACGGCAGCUGAGCGACCACACAUUGUCUUCAUUUUGGCUGAUGAUUUAGGAUGGAACGACGUCGGAUUUCACGGUUCUGGCCAAAUACCAACUCCAAAUAUCGAUGCUCUCGCGUAUUCCGGUCUCCUCCUUGAUCGAUAUUAUGUUUCUCCGAUUUGCACACCAUCCAGGAGCGCUUUGAUGACUGGCAAAUACCCAAUUCACACUGGAAUGCAACACGGGGUUCUAAAGUGUGCCGAGCCAAGAGGACUACCUCUCCAAGAAAAGUUGCUACCAGAAUAUUUAAAAGAGCUCGGUUAUAGGACACACAUCGUUGGAAAAUGGCAUUUAGGAUUCUAUACGAAGCAGUACACACCGACUUACAGGGGAUUUGAUUCUCAUAUUGGUUUCUGGAGCGGACAUCAGGACUACUUUGAUCAUACUGCCGUUGAAAGUCCAUAUUGGGGAUUGGACAUGAGACGAGGAAUGGAGGCAGCCUGGGAUCUUCAUGGCCAAUAUUCUACGGACGUCUUCACGUCGGAGGCGGUGAAAUUGAUCAACAAUCAUAACGAUAGCAAACCUCUGUUUCUUUAUUUGGCACACGCAGCUGUGCACUCUGGAAAUCCUUACGAUCCUCUACCGGCGCCUGAUGUGGACGUCGCGAAAUUCACCAACAUCUUCGAUUAUAAUCGCAGACGCUUUGCUGCCAUGUUGAGCAAGUUGGACGAGUCUGUGGGCGAGGUGGUCGAAGCGCUUCAACGGAAGGGGAUGUUAAAGAACAGUAUAAUAGUGUUCUCCACGGACAAUGGUGGCCCACCAGCCGGUUUCAAUCUGAAUGCCGCCUCCAACUGGCCGUUGAGGGGUACAAAGAACACCCUCUGGGAAGGCGGCGUGAGGGGAGCCGGUUUAAUAUGGUCUCCCAGACUGAUUCGUCCUGGCAGAGUGAGCAGACAACUGUUCCACAUCAGCGACUGGUUACCGACCUUACUGACCGCUGCUGGUGGAGACCCAUCGAAUCUAUCCAUAGACGGUUUAGAUCUGUGGCAUGCCUUAAGCGAAGACACCGAAUCGCCUCGCCAAAGUGUUCUCCACAACAUCGACGACAUCUUCGGCGUGUCGGGCAUCACGAUUGGCGAGUGGAAAUAUAUUCAGGGGUCUACUUAUGAGGGACAGUGGGACGGUUGGUACGGACCUUCAGGGAGAGAGUGGGUCUACGACAUUGGCGGUGUGAUCGGCAGCCCAACAGGUCGAGCAGUGGCCAGCGUGGGAUACAGUCUGUCGUCGGAAAAUGUACGGAGACUUCGAGAGCAGGCGAUGAUCAAAUGUCGACCUAGAAACGACACUCUGCCGUUGUGUAAACCUCUGAUCGCGCCCUGCCUCUUCCACGUUCUCAAGGAUCCUUGCGAGGAUAAUAAUCUCAUCAACGAGUACCCUGAAAUCGCGAGGGCCAUGCGCGAGGACCUGAAGAAGUGGAACGCUACUGCCCUGCUACCUGGAAAUCUUCCAUGGGACAAGAGAGCGAAUCCCGAGUUGUGGGACCACACGUGGAUCAAUUUCGGUGACCACUUGGACGUUUUUGCGAAUAACGUGAGCUGAAUGUGUUCGAUGAAAAAAGAAAUUAAGUGGAUAUAUGUAUUUUAUGUUUAUUUUGAUACGCGUGGAAGUAAGCUUUAAAUCGAUCUCGGACGAAGGAAUCAAAACUGCUUUCCUCUGACCAAACUCGUUGCAAUAAAGCGACAAUCACAGGGAUUAUAAAUAGUAUCUCGUUUAUUUCUUAUUCUAUACACUUCAAUUUGCAAAUUCGACGCGUGGAAUCGCUA